AUUGAAUCACAAUAUUUUUUACAAAAUCCUCUUAUCUUUUAAUAGCCUGUUAUGCAUUAAGUGAUUAUAGUUUUUUAACUUGGUAAUUAAUUAGUAAAAAUAGGUUUAUUUGGUAAAAAUUCAAUUGUAAAACCUUAAACUUACCAUUUCCAAGGUUCUAAAUCAUUGUCUUCAAAGCAUUAUUUGGAGAAAUCCUCUGUAUAAAUACUGCAAGCUCCAGUUAUUGUAGACACUUUAUAAUUAUCCUCACAAAGUAAACAUUUUAGAGUGGUUUAUGGAGUUUUGAGGCAUUAUUUACAAUGAAGAAUAUGGCUUUGGCAAUUAAUGGUUUCAAGAGCUAUAUU